AUGCCCUCCAUCUCUUCUUUCACUUCCGCUCUUGGGCUUCUGUCCCUUCUUCCCGCAGCGCGGGCAGGCUGGAAUCAGAACAGCAAUGACAACAUUGUCGUCUACUGGGGUCAAAACUCCGGCAGCGUUGGCCAGAAUCGCCUCUCAUACUACUGCCAGAAUGCCCCUGAUGUCGAUGUCAUCAACAUCUCCUUCAUGGUUGGCAUCACUAACCUCAACCUCAACCUCGCCAACGUUGGAAACAACUGCACGGCUUUCCCACAGGCUCCCAACCUGCUCAACUGCCCCCAGGUGGCGGCAGACAUCAUCGAGUGCCAACAGACCUAUGGAAAGACGAUCAUGAUGAGUCUGUUUGGCUCCACGUACAGUGAAAGUGGUUUCAGCUCAUCAUCGGCCGCCGUGGCGGCUGCCCAAGAGAUUUGGGCUAUGUACGGUCCCGUUCAGAGCGGCAACAGCACUCCCCGACCAUUCGGCGACGCUGUUGUUGACGGCUUCGACUUUGAUCUCGAGGACCCCAUUGAGAACAACAUGGAGCCCUUCGCUGCUGAGCUGCGAAGCUUGAUUGAUGCUAGCACCUCCAAGAAGUUCUAUCUCUCGGCUGCUCCUCAGUGCCCCUACCCCGACGUGUCUGACGAGUCGUUCCUCGACGGCCAGGUCCCUUUCGACUGGGUCAAUGUUCAGUUCUACAACAACGGCUGCGGUGUCUCUCACUACCCUGCUGACUUCAACUGGGCCACCUGGGACAACUGGGCCAAGACCGUCAGCGCCAACAAGAACGCAAAGGUCCUCAUUGGAACCCCCGCCAAUGUCGGCGGUGCCAACGCUGGAUCUUUCCCUACCGACUCCCAGCUCUCUGGAGCCAUCUCUCUCGCCAAGGGCUCUUCCAGCUUUGGCGGUGUCAUGCUGUGGGAUAUGGCUCAGCUAUUCACCAACCAGGGAUACCUGGCCAAGAUCGUGGCCGAUCUCGGCAGCGCUUCAUCUCCUCCUCCCCCGGCCUCUACCACUCUUCAGACUAUCACCCGGUCGUCCACUGCCAGUACCGGACCUACCAACCCUCCCUCUGGCGGUUCUGUUCCCCAAUGGGGCCAGUGCGGCGGCAAUGGUUACACGGGCCCGACUCAGUGCCAGGCUCCUUACAAGUGCGUCGCCACGUCGGAGUGGUGGUCUUCAUGUCAGUAA